GUCAGUAGCUGAGUGCUGUAACUGGGAGGAGGAGUGCCAGCCAACAUAAUAUAAUUUCCUCCGGCGACCUGCUCUCAAAAGACGGAAGAACAAUAAGAUAAACGAAUGAAGCUAAGGUAGUGUGAGAAAUCUGUGAAGUAUACUCGACUUGACGCUGGUUCAGAAGCGCCUCUAACAUUGUUUUGAAGGCCUGUUGCUAGCUACGGGAAAUCCUCGGGCUAGCCCGGUAGACACCGGGCCGAGAGAACGCAGAGGACCGGGACGGGAGCUCUGUGGACCAGUUUGAACGAUCAGGUUUUACGGACGCUAGCUGUCCUGUCUUGUAAUUAAACGAAGACGUAACCUCUCCUGCUCAUCCUUGGCGGAUAUAAAUCAGCGUAACUCAAAACGCGUUCAGUCUGACAGCUAGCUAACAUUAGCUCUCCUAUGUUGACAAGCUAACUCAGACGAGAUCCUCUGAAGAAGUUGGCACUUAGGUGCUAUUGUUUCAGUUUGGAUUUGCAUAUUUGACUCCUACAACCUGCCUGCCUGUUGGUGGUGGUUUGUAAACGUGUUGGACUUCUGUGUACGCUGACUGAAGUCCGCCAGCCAGGCAGCUAGAUCAGAAGGUCUCCUAGCUAAGGUUAUCACACCCUCAGGGUUAUCUACUAUAGCCCGAAGUUUGUUACUUUGUUUGAAUAGAGAGAGUAGGCCUUACUGAGUUGAUUACAACGUUAUCUUUAACCAACUGAAAGACAAUAUCCCGAAUGAAGGCUCACAGAGAAGUGCGGAUUUUGAUGCUGUCAGGACAUACAGGUGUCACCUGUUCUGCUUGGCAUUAUUAAUCUGACACCAGCAUCCAACAUCUGCUGCACCAGAGGCAACCGAUCUGCUGUUCUGCUCUCUUGAGCUGAUUUGCUCAAGAAGUUCUUUUCAGAACAGACCAAAAUGAAUCGUUACCUGCCGGUGGCACGACAGCACUUCCUGGCUGCCCUUGCCAGCACCAGUGUGGUGGUAAAAAGCAUAAGUGCGGUGGUGGUUCUCCUCUAUCUCUUGUCGUGGGCCGUGGACACUCCAUACACACUGGGGGUGACCCCAGGAUACCUAUUUCCACCCAACUUCUGGGUGUGGACCCUGGUGACCCAUGGGGUGGUGGAGCAGCACGUAUGGGGUGUGGCAGCCAACGUGGGGACAGUUAUGGCCUGUGGCCGCCUGCUGGAGCCUCUGUGGGGUGCUCUGGAGCUCCUGAUCUUCUUUGCAGUGGUCAAUGUCUCUGCCGGCCUCCUGGCAGGCCUCUCCUACCUCCUCACCUAUGUUGCCACCUUUGACCUGGACUUCUUGUUUGCUGUGCGUGUCCAUGGAGCAGCCGGGUUCCUCGGAGGUGUCCUGGUGGCGCUGAAGCAGACCAUGGGAGAUACCACAGUGCUCCGAGUGCCACAGGUGAGACUCAAGGCGGCACCAGCUUUGGUCCUCCUCCUCUUGGCCUUACUGCGCCUGUCUGGGCUACUCGACAGCUCUGCCCCGCUGGCUGCGUACAGCUACGGCGCCCUGUCCGGCUGGGUCUACCUUCGCUUUUACCAGAGGCACAGCCGGGGCCGCGGGGACAUGUCGGACCACUUUGCCUUUGCUAGUUUCUUCCCCGAAGCGCUGCAGCCGGCCGUGGGGCUGCUGGCGGGGCUGGUCCACUCCGCCCUGGUGAAGAUGAAGGUGUGCAGAAAGAUGGUGAAGAGAUACGACGUGGGGGCGCCCUCCUCCAUCACGAUCAGCCUGCCAGGGACGGACCCACAAGAUGCAGAGAGGAGGAGACAACUGGCCCUCAAGGCUUUGAACGAGCGUCUGAAGCGCGUGGAGGACCAGUCUGCUUGGCCCAGCAUGGACGACGAGGAAGACGAUGACGACGACGAGGUCAGAACCGACACGCAGCCGCUCCUCCCGGGUGGGCGCGACCCUUCCUCCUCCACGCCGAGACCAGCAGGGGGACCCGUCGGCGCCUCCCUCCCCUCCACCUCCUCGUCCUCAUUGUCACAGAACAGCGGAGCGCCAUCCACAGGCGGAGCGCCACACCCAGAGUCCAGCAUUAUCAGCUUUGAGGAUGCGCCUUCGAGAUCGUAACAAAUAGAACACAAGUGUACAGAUAUGCACGCUCUGUUCGGUGUCACUGGCGGGUAUACUAGUGUAGUCAGCGUCCCUGACUAGUAUACGGAUAUGUUCAGUGACCGUGAUUAGGCACACACUCGAUAUCACACACGCCAAAACACACACAACAUCUUUGACCAGUUCACGCACGCGGCCGUGCGCUCACAAACACUCUGUCGAUGUCAUCGUGAAGCCCAGAGGGGCGGUAACUGUACAGUGCUUUCAGUUCAGACGUGUUGGCUGUAAAUGCUCAGUGUAGUUGGGAAAACUGGACACUUAAUACUCCCCCUUCCUGCAUACAACUGAAAGUCAGUCAGAAAUUCUGUCUUGUCCGGACUUAAUCCCAACUUGCAGAGCUCUGUCCACUGCUUCAUGUCUCUCUCUCUCUCUCUUGCUUUCUAAAUAAAUAACAAAAUGGGUGUACAAUAUUCUUUUUGUGAAUCUUUUCGGGGCAGCCGUAGUUGUUUUCUGAUUGCCUAUGCCAAUGACAGAGACUCGCGUUGCUUCUUGUAUCUUGUUGAAGGGGCGACUGUGCGCACACCGGUUUGAUAAGCGCUGCUUAUCGCUAGCUGCAAGGGACAUUAGCUUUCGGUUCACUGGUUCUGAAUAUGUAACCAGAUGUGUAACGGAGGAAGCAGGAAAAGCUCCAACUGCUGGACCAGAGGGACGAAGCUGCUGCAGGUCUGUCCUGCUCAUGAACUAUGAUGCAAAACUUCAAGAUUUGAAGAGGUGCCAGGUGAAAAGAAUUUUCCAGACCAGGUUCAUUUUCUGUCUGGUGUCUCUCUGCAGCAACAGGCAGAAAAAAGGACCAUCCACCCAUUUUUUUAAAAAAAAUCCCCCAUUUGUUGUUCAAUGGAGAUAAAUUCUGUAUUUCUUUUUUCUUCUGGGUCUGUUCAUCACCAAAUGAAAUCAAAACACUUUGUCUCUGUGCACUAACAAGACAUGCUAAUGGUGUUACGCUCACACGCAGCUCUGUGGAUGAUUCUGAUUCUUCUUGUUUUACCAGUUAUGAGUUGAUUAUAUGUUUUUAGGUUAACUGCUCCUGGAGCAUCAUCCUGUACCCGUUUACACUUCCACCUUCUAGGAACUGAAAGUAUACAAGAAUCAGCAGUAGCCAUUCAGUUCUCAGUGUGCAUAUGUUGCAGGGAAGAGGUCACUGUCUGUCAUGCCUGUCAUUACAAAUGCGAUGAAGUGCAGGAGAAAGGGUGGAGAACAGGCACAGGUAUUUUAAGGAUAUUUAAAAUCUUAAUGGUUCAUGACUUGCAGAUUGAGAGUUUGUAUUUGUGUCAAACUCCGCUGUGAUUCGUUGUAGCUCAGAGGCUGACUCAUGAGGAUUAAUGGCUCUGUAGACAGAGGAGGCCUGCACUGAUCAAUAGACAGCCUGGUCAGGGUUUCCCAAUCACAUCCUUUGCACUUGUAACACCUUUCAUUUCUAAAAUCACAGCGUCAAGCACGGCCCGGUGGGGAAUGAUUUUCAACUGAGGUUGAUGGGCAGCUAAAUUGUUUCGUAUGAAGCGCUUUGUAAAUUCUAUGCAGACCCAAAGGUCAGUGAUUCAUUCAUUUUGUAGACUGUCAUCGCUCUAGAUGUCACAGUCUAUUAUGGUAAUGACCAAAUCAUUGAAUUUUCCAAUUUCCCACCUGUUGCAGCGAGUAUACUACGUCAGACGUUGCGAUCACAGCAAUGACAGUCGGUAAAUGAUUUUUAAACGUGUGAACGUGUGAUCACAAGGUUGAAAAUGUUUCCAAAUUUAAAUUAGAACUCAAAUAGUCCAGAAAGUGAACCGCACAGUUCUGCUGCACAGCGGUUUAUUUUGACCUGUUUGGCCUUUCUGUUAAGUACAUUCAUAUUUAUCCUCAACUUUAUUUAAAUACCAUAAAUGUCUUAGUCACAUGUGUGGGAAAUGGUGCGAAGAAAGGUAGAAAUGUGGAGUUCUGUUAGUCUGAUCCCUGAUCAGUUUAGGGUUUUCUCUGUGUGGUUCUGUGGAAACCUACAGGCCACAGACUCAGUCUCAAUGUCCGUAGUUGUAGUUUUGAGGAAGAACAUCACAAGAUUUGCUUUUUGACUAAUGCAGAAACAGUGCUGUGUGACUUGGCUCCAGCCUUCCUCCGUGUUGUCACCACCUGUUGCAUUGAAAAACAGAUCACAUUAGCAGUCUGAUAUUCGAGCUCGUCUUGGUUUUCAUUUUGUCUCCUUAGAUUUCCAAGCCAUGUUUAUUAUUUAUGUGUUGAUCUGACAGUGAGCUCCAGAUUAACGUUAUGAAGUGUGGCAAACUCAGAUUAAAUAUGUGGAGUAUGAUCUUGGAAGUCUGAGCAAUGAACCAGUCGCUUUUCAGCCGAUGGAAACGUGUCAUGUAUGGGAAGUGAUAAGCCAUAUUAGAGUGAUGAAGUUCUGCGUGCUGUCCUGUGUUUCUCCUACUGCUCAUUUCACUGUACUCUUAUUUUGGUGAGGCAAUGUUUACUUUGGAUGAGUGGGGUCAUUCUUUGAUUUAAUAUGAACGAGCGUGGUGUUGACAUGAAUGAAUGGACACAGGAAUGAGAGACUUUCAUACUAGACCGGAGUCAAAUCCAGCUUCACAGAGACGAUGGUCGAGCCGCAGUCAAACAUCUGAAAUCUCAAACUGCAUCAUGCCAUUAAAAGCAUUUGAAGUUGCAAAGGUGGAGAGGUCAAGUCAAACCUGCUGGAUGUUAGCAGUCUGAGGUUUCAGAUAGAGCCUACUUGGUCCAACCUUCAGCUAAACCUCCACCCUCCAUCUGUUUGUUUUGGUUUUUCUGUAUUCUUCUUUGUUCUGGCUGUGAACUUCCUGGCAGAGUAGAAAGGAAUGCAAUCACGUACUGUCUGUAUGGAUAAUGCCAAUUUACAGCUGGUGUUGACAAAGUAGAAAAGCUGCAGGCGAGGAGAAUGAAUGAUGUCAGUACUGUCAUUGGGUUUGUCAGUGGCCAAACCCUUCUAGUCAGUGAACAAGCGCUAAAGUGCCACCAAUGCAGUGUGGCUACAUACACGGUUUUCUUCCUCUACACCAGUAUCUUGUCAUUAUUGAAGACACACCACAGGCAGGUAGACUAGUUUUAAGCUUCACCUGGUGCUCUCACAGUUUUACCCAAACAAUUUGAUUUUCCCUGAUUGGUUUCCUGUCAAAGUGGCCAAUGGAGAGAACGGAUAAGCCAGAUUUAUCUGCAUCUAGCUGGUGAUCGUGUCCCACUUAGCUGUGCAGAUCCUUUGUUUUAUGAGUUACCAAUAUUUAUGGAGUUAAUGGGCUUUUAAUGUAACCAGGAAAUGACAAUUUGAAAUCCUUAUUGUGAAGCUGUCUUCAUUUGCAAUUACAAACCGAUUAAUAACAAUUAUUGUAUUUUAAUAUCUGUAAAUACAACACAAAAAUAACAUUUAAAUUCUUGACUUUUAGUCACUUUGGCAGGCAACAAAUUACCUAGAAAUGUAAUUGUUUGGUCAAAUUGUGACACCAGCCUCCAUGUCUUGUGGAUGAAAGCUCUUUUCCUGCCCUAAAAUGAAAGGCAGAUUUUUCACAGCAAUGUUUUUUGUUUGUUUUUUAAUAGAUUUCACUGCUUUCAUUGUCCUUAUCAGUCCACUUUUGCACCAACAGAUCUUGUUGUUACUAAUGACAGUAUAUUUCCCUCUCUCUACUGUGGCUGUUACACAGACUUUUCUGUUUUAGUUUUCAGAUAUAUUUCUUUAUCUCUAUAUGAAAUUAAAGACGAUUGUAUGAAACGAGUGUUUCAGUCUUUGUUGCGUUGCUGUUGU